UUGGGGUGAUCUAUUGUGCUUGCUAUUACAGCCACAGCAGCUGCUGCAACUGAUCGAUUUGCUGCAGCUGCAAUACAGCCACAGCAAGCACAACCGAUCGUCAGAGAAAAAAUGAGGCGAGCGCGCUACUCUAUAAAUGCAGCUGUGCUGCUGUUAGAGCUGGUCAUCAGUUCACCGCAACCUAGCACCAAGUCCAAAAAAAUAAAAAACCAUCGGUAGUCACACAUAGAUGACUGCUGCAAGAACUCUCAGUUCAUCGCUGAUGAACGCCACUGUCGGCUACUCUCUCUGGAUCAUUUUCGCCUAUGCUUCGUUAUUACACAGCACCACACUAGCCAGCGGAUCAGUUACUGACUUGCAGGCCCUCCUUUGCCUCAAACGCCACCUGAUCUCUACCAACGAUGCUGCCGCACUAGCCUCCUGGAACAACACCAACCAAUUCUGCAGCUGGCCUGGCGUCACCUGCAGCAGCGGUACACCGCAGCAGGCAUCUCGUGUGACGGCACUGAACCUGAGCUCGCAUGGCCUUGAUGGCCAGAUACCACCUUGCAUUGGCAACCUCACUUCCCUCGCGAGAAUCGACCUCUCGGACAACAAGCUGAGCGGCGCGAUCCCCGCUGAACUAGGCCGUCUGCGUCGUCUCGUCCAGCUGCUGCUUUACUCGAACAACCUUGCUGGCGUGAUACCGAACGCCAUGUCUUCCUGCGCCAGCCUUGAGCACGUUGAUCUCGGCGGCAACUCCCUCGGCGGGGAGAUACCUCCAGAUCUGAGCAACUGUUCAAACCUGACACGAGUCUUGCUCGAUCACAACGAGCUUCAUGGCAGCAUUCCUGAUGGAUUCAGUAAUCUUGCCAAGCUCUCGCUUCUGUUUGUCCCCAGCAACAACCUGACGGGGAACAUUCCCCGUGCGCUUGGAAGCAGCUCGUCGCUCACCCGAGUUAUUCUCACGAACAACAGCCUCACUGGAGGUAUCCCGCCUCUUCUAGCGAACAGUUCAUCGCUUGAGCUACUGGACGUGGAAAACAAUCAUCUGAGUGGAGAGAUACCCCCUGCUCUCCUCAAUAGCUCGUCUCUUGUGGCCAUAAACCUUGCACGAAACAGCUUGUCUGGAUCUGUUCCAGCUUUCGCGUACAAUUCGCCACUGGAAAUGCUCUCUCUGUCCUUCAAUCAUCUGUCAGGCAGCAUACCUUCCUUUGCAGAUAACUCGUCUUCCCUUAGAUUACUAUUGCUCGCAAGUAAUCAAUUGGAAGGAAGCAUCCCAUCGAGUUUAGCUAGAAUUCCGUACCUACAAGCACUGGAUCUGACAUACAACAACCUGUCUGGAGCCGUCCCUGACCCUCUAUACAAUAUAUCUACGCUCGAAUACCUUGGCAUGGGAACCAACAAUCUAGUAGGCGAAAUUCCAGAAAAUAUUGGGUAUUCUCUUCCGAGCAUCAAUACAAUCAUUGCUGAUGAAAACAAAUUCCAUGGCCAAAUUCCGACCUCACUGGCCAACGCCACAAAUCUUCAGAAGAUCUCUCUCCGCAACAACGCAUUCACCGGCAUGAUUCCUGAUUUCGGUUCCCUUCCCAAUUUAACAGAUGUCAAUCUAGGCAUGAACCAGCUCGAAGCUGGAGGCUGGGCUUUCCUCUCUUCUCUGGCCAGCUGCACAAAGCUCGUCUCUUUACGUUUAGACGCAAACAACCUCCAAGGAGACCUGCCAAGCUCCAUCGGCAGCCUUUCACAAAACUUGCAAGUUUUAGUGCUGACAGGAAAUCAAAUAUCUGGGAGCAUACCGGAGGAGAUAGGGAACCUCAAAAGCCUCCAACUUCUUCGACUGGAUAAGAACUUGCUUACUGGGAACAUUCCUCGUUCACUGGGAAACCUUCCGAACCUGUUUGUCCUGAGCUUAGCUCAAAACCAACUUUCCGGCCAGAUCCCACUUUCAUUUGGCAACCUCAAGACACUGAGUGAGCUAUACCUGCAAGAGAAUCAUUUGAGUGGAUCCAUCCCUGCAGCUUUGGGUCAGUGUGAGAGGUUAGAUGCCCUAAACCUCUCUUGCAACUCCUUUGAUGGGACAAUACCGAGAGAACCAUUUACUAUAUCCACACUGGCUGAGGUUUUCGACCUCUCUCACAACAAUCUCUCUGGGCCUAUACCCAUGGAGAUUGGUGGUUUAAUCAACCUUGGUCCAUUGAAUAUUUCUAACAACAUGUUGUCCGGAGAAAUACUAUCAACUAUAGGUGAGUGCGUCCAUUUGGAGUCCCUCCACAUCGAGGGGAACCUUCUACAAGGAAGAAUUCCCAGCUCCUUCGCCUCGUUGAAAGGCAUCACUGAGAUGGAUCUCUCUCGGAACAACUUGUCGGGUGAAAUUCCGGAGUUCUUCGAAUCAUUCGGUUCCAUGGUGCUUCUUAAUUUGUCGUUCAACAACCUGGAGGGACCGGUGCCAAGUAACGGGGUAUUCCAAAAUUCAAGUGAGGUGUUUCUCCAGGGGAACGACCAUCUCUGCGCCAUCUCACCCAAAUUGAAGUUGCCACUUUGUCACACACCUGCAUUUAAACGGAAGAACGCCUCCUACAUUGCAAUGGUGGUAGGACUUAGUGUUCUUUCUUUAUUCUCUUUAUCAAGUCUAUCGAUGUCUUUUCUUCUUAAGAGGGGGAAAGAGAGAAAACCAGUAGAUGUGCCAUACAAGGAACUGGAGCAACUGUCAUAUUUUGAUUUGGUCAAAGCAACGGACAAUUUCUCUCCAAGCAACCUGGUUGGUUCAGGGAAUUCCGGAUCAGUGUAUGUAGGUAAAUUUGACUCCCAACAACAUGUAGUUGCUAUCAAAGUUUUUAAACUUGAUCAACUUGGAGCACCAAAAGACUUCAUCUCUGAGUGCGAGGCAUUGCGGAACACCCGCCAUCGCAAUCUGGUGAGGGUGAUCACGGCAUGCUCCACAUUCGAUCUGAGAGGACAUGAGUUCAAAGCUCUUGUUCUCGAGCAUAUGGUUAACGGCAAUCUAGAGAGUUGGCUCCAUCCAACAUCGCACAAGAAUGCUAUGAGGAGUCCAUUGAGGUUGUCUACAAGAAUAGCAAUAGCAGUGGACAUAGCUGCUGCUUUGGAUUAUCUCCAUAACCGUUGCAUGCCACCUAUGGUCCACUGUGAUUUGAAGCCAAGCAAUGUCCUUCUGGAUGACACCAUGGGUGCACGAGUUGGCGACUUUGGGUUAGCCAAAUUUCUUCACAGUUCCAAUUCUUCAACCAGGGAUAGGUCUACAAGCAUACUGGGGCCAAGAGGAUCAAUUGGAUACAUUGCACCAGAAUAUGCCUUCGGGAGUAAAAUAUCAACAGAUGGUGAUGUUUACAGCUAUGGAGUUGUCAUCUUAGAAAUGUUGACAGGGAAGCGCCCAACGGAUGAGAUGUUCAGUGACGGCAUGAACAUUCACAAAUUCGUCGAGGACGCAUUUCCUCUAAAUAUUGAAGGAAUUCUAGAUCAGAGGAUCAUGCCAGAUUAUGAAAAUGAAGACCACGAUGAUGCAAUCGAUGAUCUAGACCAUGAUAGCAGUUCGAUGGUUGGAACGCUGAACUGCGUCAUGAAGCUGGCUAAGCUUGGCCUCUUGUGCUCUGCAGCCGCACCUAAAGAUCGGCCGACUAUUGAAGGCGUUUACAAGGAAGUCACCUCAAUCAAAGAAGAAUUUUCAGCACUACGUGGUUAAGCUAAAGGGUUUUAUUUUUUUAUGUCACGCACAGGUUGCCAGUGCCCAAAGUUAAUUUGCUUUCCGUAUAUAUCUUCUUGAUUGAGCUUGUGAUAUGUUAUAUCCUUCUCCUCAGUCUAACUACUGAUCAUUUAUAUUCGUUGUGUCUGAUAACCAUUCGAGUUUGUAUCAAAUAAAGUUCAGUAUCGUGCUUUCUCUAUCCGUCAGAUGGUUUACUUUUCUCUCGAGUGGAAUAAAUCUACGAAGGGCAACU